AUGAGAUUUUCCUUUACUUCGCUUGUCGGCUUUGCCGCCGCUUCCCAGGCACUGAACAUCCUCAUCACCAAUGACGAUGGUGCCUUCACCUCCAACAUCCGCGAGUUGUACAAGGCUGUCAAGGCUUACGGUCACAAUGCCUGGAUUGUUGCUUCGGCCACCGAUAUGUCUGGCCAGGGCGGGCGUGCUGUUUUCAGUACCGAGAAGAAUCUCACUGCUGAUUCGGAGUUCGGUAUGUAUUGCAACCGUUUGUUGUUGGAGACGGCAAGAUUAAUCGUACUGUCAGGCUUCAUCAAGGCCGGUGCUCCAGCUUUUGGCCAGGACCCCAUUGACCCCAACAUUUUCUACUACAAUGGCACUCCAGCUACUAUGGUCUUUCUCGCUCUCGACUAUGUCUUGCCUAAGUAUGCCAAUCUGAGCACAGUUGAUCUUGUUCUUUCUGGGCCCAACUUCGGUCUCAACCUGGGACCCUUCCUCUAUACUAUUUCUGGUACCAUUGGUGCAACGUAUGCCGCCGUCGAGCGUGGCAUUCCCGCCAUUGCAUACUCUGCCACCUAUUCCGUUCAAACACCCUACACGUGGACAAACAAGUCGACCGCCGCCGGGCUGCAGGACCCUGCCGCCAUCACGGGUCGCUUGGCUGCCAAUCUCGCCCAGUCUUUCAUCAUAAAGGCUGCUGGCAAGCGAAUCUUACCACUGGGCUAUGGAGUCAAUGUCAACAUUCCUUACAUCACGUCUUUCAAUAAUAACUCUUGCGUGAACCCUCCAUACAUCCUUACCCGCAUGACCAACGGUGCCAUCGUCGACAAGGCCGUCUACAAUGCCACCACUGGCCUUUUCCGUUACGGCGAUCUGGUUGCCGACGGCGUCAACCAGUGCAUCAAUGGCGACUGCUCUCUACCUGGAGAGACUCUUGUCGUGAACGGCGGCUGCCAGUCUGCCGUUUCUUUCUUCACCGUUGAUUACGAUGCCCCCAGCCCUAAGCAGUGCGGCAACACCACAGAUAUCUUGACUCUCAUCCCUCCUGCUGUCAAUCUCUGGAACUCAACUAACAAGGUUGGUGGUCUUGGAGCCAAUUCCACGGUAACUGCCCCCAGCAAUGGCACCAACACCACCCCCAGUUCAGUGAGCACCGCCAGUGCCCGUUCCUCAUCGACAGGCGUGUCUUCCUCUGUGCCAACUUCCGGUGGACAAACCAUGAAGGCCCCCAUUGUUGUUGUGGCAUUCGUUGGUGGUCUUUAUAUGUUUUUGUGA